GAAAACGAACACUCUGCAAAAGAAGCCCCCUCGCGUAUAAAUAGCUCCACACGGAGCAUUCACAUUCACUCCUUUAAUAAAACGUAAACAAACAUGUAGUGGUCUUCCGCCAUGUUCUGUCCGCAUUCCUUGCCCUUCCUUCCUGCCACCCAUCGUCAAAACCCGCAUGCGCAGUGGAAAAACGAUGAUUCGCCCUGUCCCUGUGACCUUUCCUAGGAAGCGUAGGAACGCGCAGGCGUCCUGACGACACACAACUAGCGGCUGUUUGAAAUUCGGAGAACCGCUCAGUAGUCAUGUCGAUGUUGACAGCAUUCGGUAAACUCCCUACGCUUAACUCCGCAACUAUUUUGUUGGUGGGAACAAAUGAAGUCUUCCAGCAGCAACUAGCGAAGACCAUUCUUAAGGAGAAACAAGACUUACAAAUAAAUAUCCACGUGACAACCUCUCUCCCUUUACCUGAGGAGAGAGAUCACAUCCGGCCUCGAAUUGACCUGAUUGUGUUUACAAUUAACAUGCAAAGCAAAUACAGUUUUAAGGAUGUUGAAGCUUCCCUAGUACACGUAGAUGCCAACUUUUUCCUUGGAAAAGUGUGCUUUCUGGCCACAGGCGCUGGUAGGAUGAAUCGAAUCAGUGUGGACAUGAAUGCUGUCUGGAAGCUGGCAGACCUUUACUGCAGCCCUGUUUUAUUCUGCGAGUUGGAAUGUGAGAACAUCAGAAUUGCCACAGCUCAGCGGCUGCUCCGGAUGCUACAAAUAUGUGCCGGUCAUGUGCCAGGGAUUUCUGCCCUCUCCUUCAGUUCCUUAAUGAAAAGCUCUGUUGAUGACUCCAGCCUCAUGGCAUAAAAACCUGUCUUUUCGUGGUUUUGCUAACAAUGGUUUCUGGAUGAACUUGGCCAAAUGACCAGAAGAUAGCCAAGGAUAAACACAAAACUAUGCAAAAUUCGUGAGGCAACCCAUCUCAUCCCAGAAUGAAACUACCACCAGAAGCUGCAUUUUUAGAGUUUGCCAUAUGAGGUCUUGUAGCACCACUAUGAAGAAGAAGAAGUAUCUAGGAUUUGCUUACCAAGACAUACUGGGGUCAAAGAGCCUCUGAGAAAGUUGCUUUGUUGAAUAAAGAGUCUUACUAACAAGCCAGGCAAAUCGAGCUAACCCUAAAGCAGACUGCGUCAUUAUACCCUUUUUGAUGGAUGCAUGUAUGCUUAUGUGUGUGUGUAAUACAUAUUACACAAUACACAUACACACCCCAUUCAGAGCUCUAACUAUCAAGAACUUUAUUAUUUGUGCUAUUUUAAAAGUCUCUACAGAACAGGACAUUAGAAUAUGACUGCAUCAAGAGUCAAAAGGGCACAUUUUACUUCAGACGGGGACACAGUUUGAAGGGUAAACAACUAGAACAGAAGUUCCUUUUAGGACAAUUGUAGAUUGGUAAGUAAAUACUUUCAACUUUUUCCAAAGCAUUUAAAUUUCCCAUCUGCUGAGUUCUUGAAGGUGAUGCUUGCUAUCUAUUUAAGUAUCCAGAGCUGUGUGUUGCUUUAGUGGCAUACAGAAUUUUUGUUCUUGAUAAAAAGGCUGUGUAGUUGGCAGCAUAUGCCUACACUGUGUGCAUGACAGAGAAAGGGUAGAUGUAGUUGCAAUAUGAUUCUGCAAAGCUGCUUGCAAAAGGAAAAUUUUAGUCCAAAUUACAAUCUGAUGAAACAAACAGAACCAGAUUGUUUUUUGUAUUUACUGCCACAUUUUGAUAACCUAGUUCUUCAUCUGGAAAAUAUUUUAAGAGAAGCAACUGCUGCUUCAAAUAUAUUAUGCUUUCUAUAGAGCAAUGCUCCUUGUGUAUAAGUUCAUAAUGUGUGAAGGGGCCCUCAAGGCAGCAGAAGCACUAAAAACUUCCACCCAUGUAAGGUUAGCAACUGGCAUGAUGCUACCAUUACCAUCAAUUCCAAGGGGCAACUGGCCAGAACAUUUCUGCUGGCUUCAGGAGACAUUACAUUGGAAAGUGAAGAAAAUUGGAAAUAGUGUGUAGUUGCUGGGCAGUUACUAGCAGCCACUGGCCUAUGCCAUUAGCAGCCACAUAGGAUUUCUUUUUAAAAAAAAUUGAUAUUCUACAUAACAGGCCUCCAAAGCAGCUUACAAUAAAAGAAACCCACAAGAAGAUAGUGGGGAUAAAGGUUCUGGCGAGAUGGUGACUUAAAGUGUCUAUUCCCUAGUCUUUAGAUGUUGCUGUUAUUUCAGCUGCUGCUGCUUUGAAGGUUCCACAGGGGAAAAAUAGUCAUUGUCUACCCCACACAUGCAUACUUCAGAACUGUGCCACCCAGCAGUCAGGGCCUGGUAACACUAGGUAGUCCUUUCCAGUUCUUGGAUGUUGCUGCCCCAACUCCACAUGUGAUUUCUUCAGCCAUUCCAAGUUAAGGUACCAUGAAUUUGGCUGACAAGCUACAUGUCAGCCACGGUUACUGGACUUUAAACAGGCAUUUGAUUCUGAGACUUGAUUCAUUACCCAUUCAGUUUUGUAUGUUAAAAUGUUAAUUAAAAUCUUUUCCUACCACUACCUGUGGCAGACCGUGAGUGUGAUGAAUGUCUGCCUCCUGGCAGGUGCCAUCUUGCAGUCUCAUACUAGGGCCUUUUACGUGGGCGGGGAGGCAUGGUUAAGCCUACCUUCCCCACAGAUGAUCCAGACUAGCCCCAGACAUGCCGCCACACCCAUCAUUGCCAUGGUGGUGACCAGCACAGUGUUCCAGAGGAAUCCCAUAGUGUACCACGCAACAAGCGCAGUGCACUGGGAGAUUCCCCCAGGAGACCAGCGCUCUAGGCACUCGUCUGUGUCGGUGCGGGUUGCAAGCAGUCCACGCUGACGCACAAUCCCAGAGCCUGGGUUAAUAAUGUGCUCAUUCUGUUAACCCGGGCAAAGAGCUGGGAUUUCGUGCCACAGCAACCCCAGGAUCCACAUGGAUCCCAGCAGUUCCCAUGGGCAGCCAAGCCCAGGCUUGGCUGCUCAUGAGAACAGCCUCAGUGUCUGACUAUGCUACAUCCCAGGGUAGUAUAGCAUUCAAGAUGAUGCCCAUCAGAAGGCCACUGUGCAUUGCAGCUCCCACUAUCAUCAACAGAGGCGGUGGCAAAAACUAAAAGUACAAUUUAAAUUUUACAUUCUGUAUUUUAUACAUAGUAUUUAAAUAAAAACAUUUUAAAAUAUAUUUUACAAAAACUGAGGGUUCUGAAACAAACUGGGACUGAAUAAAUCCUGAAACAAAGGAAACAGUAAACUAUGAAAACAGAAUUCUAAAAUGGAAUUGUUUAAUGUACAUGACCCUGCCUUAAAAGUGGAAGCAGUGGCAUUACUACUUCUAAAACCUUUUAUGUGUGGCUUGGCUGCAAGUGGGGAGAAGCACUGGCCAUGCAAUUAGUGCAAUUGCCACUUAGUUGCAGGCCAAAGCUUACCUCUUCUGCCCUAUAGGAUGAGAAGCAGCUGCAUGUCUUCCCCUACACCUUGUUAUGUGCUGAUUAUAUGGAUAAUCAUUCUUGGUGUGACAAUGCAAUAGAAGGGGUGCUGGUAAUGCUAUGUAAAAUCUUUCACUAGGCCUCAGAAAGCCUAGAGGUUUGUCUCUGCUAAAUGAUGACAAAUUUCCCAUAUUAUUUGCUUAACAGUACAUUCAGCAGCAAAAUGUCAAAGCAAGAGAUGUUUACUUUGUAUCAAUAUCAAGUGAAUGGUUAAUUGCUACAGCUUUGGCUGAAUGAGCGAGUGAAAGAGUGUGUUUGGAAACGUAUGGAAGUUUAGGAGCUUACCAGCUAUGGGACAGAUGAGAGGUUUGAGUAUUUACUUCCUCAUGACAUGAGGAAUGCAUCUCCUGGUGAUGUGGAAAGAUUACCCUGAGAAGCAGCCAAGGCCUGACUCUGUUGGAGCAGUCUGACCCAGAAGGAUCCUUGGGGGACUUUUCAAGUGAUGAAUUGGCAGGUCUGGUCAUCCCUUCCUUCAGAAGUGGCGUGUUCAGGUCAGGAAGACUCACCCUCACAUUUAUGGGUUUUAGGAGAAGAACUGGAGAAGUCCUCUCAACCCAAAGAAGAGAACGAGUGUGCAGACCAUAAGCUUCUCUCAUCCCUUCCAGACUGGUACCAGCUGACUCUGGCCAAGUAACGGACAGCUUGUAAGUUUGCAUGUGUGACUGCUUGCUUGUCAAAAGGUGCAGCUAGGAUUUUAGUCAGACUUGCUGUAUUAUUACAUUCGUAAUUUUUGCAUUAUUGGAUUUAUUACUCUGCUGUAUUUGUUCUGUAUUCUUAAUAAAAGUUACAUAAAAGGUGUUAAGCUUAAA